AUGCACACCUUUAAUACCAAGAAACCUUACUUCUGGGAAACAGGGACCAAGAUUGCCAUCAAAUCUUGCCGCCUGGAACUGAGCAUGAAAAACAAGGACCGCUGGUGCCACGAGAUCCAGAUCAUGAAGAAGCUGAACCACCCCAACGUUGUCAAAGCCUGUGACGUGCCUGAAGAAAUGAAUUUCCUUGUAAAUGACGUCCCCCUUUUGGCUAUGCAGUACUGCUCUGGAGGAGACCUGAGGAAGCUAUUAAACAAGCCUGAAAAUUGCUGUGGACUCAAGGAGAGCCAGGUUCUUUCUAUUCUUAGUGACAUUGGAUCUGGAAUCCAGUACUUGCAUGAAAACAGAAUAAUACACAGAGACCUGAAACCUGAAAAUAUUGUCCUCCAGGAGGAAGGGGGAAAGGUAACUCACAAAAUCAUAGACUUGGGAUAUGCCAAAGAUCUGGAUCAAGGCACCCUGUGCACGUCUUUUGUUGGGACUUUACAAUAUUUGGCCCCAGAACUCUUUGACAAUAAGGGAGCGGGUCAGAUUGUCCACAUCUUAAACAUGACUUCCGCCAAGAUCCUUUCUUUCCCGUUGCAUCCUGAGGAGAGCCUCCACUCCCUCCAGUGUCGGAUUGAGUCUGAGACCGGCAUCGGCACGAUCAGCCAGGAGCUGCUGCUGGAGAUGGGGAUUUGCCUGGACCCCCGGAAGCCGGCCUCUCAGUGUAUCAUCGAUGGCGUGAGGGGCUGGGAUAGCUACAUGGUCUAUCUGUUCGACAAAAGCAAGACUAUAUACGAUGGUCCCUUUGCUUCUAGGAGCCUGUCUGAAUGUGUAAACUGCAUUGUGCAGGACAGCAAAAUUCAGUUGCCCAUUUUACGACUUCGUAAGAUAUGGGCUGAAGCUGUGCAUUACGUGAUGGGGCUGAAAGAAGACUAUAGCCGACUGUUCCAGGGACAGAGAGCCGCAAUGCUGAGUCUCCUGAGGUACAACGCCAACUUGACCAAAAUGAAGAACAACAUGGUGUCGGCAUCCCAGCAACUGAAGGCAAAGCUGAAGUUCUUCCAGCAGAGCAUCCACCUUGACUUGGAAAGAUACAGCGAUCAGAUGACCUACGGGAUAUCCUCCGAAAAAAUGCUGAAAGCCUGGAAAGAAAUGGAGGAGAAGGCCUUGCAGUGUGAACAGGCCGGAGAUAUCGGCUACCUGGACGACCAGAUCAUGGCCCUGCACACGGAGAUUGUGGAAUUGCAGCGGAGCCCCCAUGCACGACGCCAGGGCGAUAUCAUGGAGAAUCUUGAACAAAGAGCUAUCGAACUCUACAAGCAAUUAAAGCCCAGGGCCCCAGAUCACUCCUACAGCGACAGCACGGAGAUGGUGAAGAUCAUCGUGCAUACGGUUCAGAGCCAGGACUGGGUGCUCAAGGAACUCUACAGACACCUCAGCAAACUGUUAGGCUGUAAGCAGAAGAUUAUUGACCUGCUGCCGAGGAUCGAAGUGGCUCUGAGUAAUAUCAAGGAGGCCGACAAUUCCGUGAUGCAGAUGCAAGGGAAGAGGCAGAGGGAGAUCUGGCAUUUGCUCAAAAUCGCUUGCACCCAGAGUUCUGCUAAAUCCGCUAGUUCCAGCGUAGAUGCAUCCCCGGCGUCUGCAUGGCUCUCGCAAACCUCUCCAGGAAAUGCACUUCAACCUCUUUCUUCUAUGGCUGCCUCUAGAAAUGAGGCUCCCUUUUCACAGCUGAUUGAAGAAAAUCUAAGCUAUCUCAGCAAUUUUAGCUCCAUGAUACAAGAUGCCGCGGGCAACCAGAAUGACAGCGUGAUGAGUCUUGAUUGGAGCUGGCUAAAGUAGUGGAGUGUCGCAAGCAGCCUGCUGAAACCAGCACGCGGGAGGCAGAGGAUCGUCGCCACCACUUUUCAGAGGUUAUGGGCUGCGGUGCCUGAGACGCAUCUCUUCCGUCCUGGAUCAAUCACCAUGCCUUAAAGGCCGCUGCACCUGCCGGAGUAGCUUGUGGCUGCGGAAGUCCUUCCUCUGCAUCCGUCCCUAAGGGGGUCCCGUGCCCCCUUCAGGUCAGAGUUCCACAACUGCUGUUCACACCAGCCACAGGCCACCCUCCCCCCAUUUGCAAGAUCGAGAUAAAACUAAAGGGCGCUACUAUCCCUUGAACCGAAGAGAACCCCGGUCGGAGGUGGAGAUGGCGUCUCUGCCAGGUCACCUGGUGAUCCGCAGCCCCUCUUGGAACGCCGCCGGCCCUCCUCCUCCUUGGCACAAAGAGAUUGCGCCGUCUGGAUGGAGGAUCUCCUGCCUUGGAACCCAGGAUGGAAAACACCGAAAACAGGACAUGGUGCCCGGUAGCGGAUCACUGAGAAGAUGUGCAACAAGAAGGCCGCCCCCCGCCCCCAUAAAUACUUACCGUGAGCUUUGUGUGUCGGUGCCUUUUCUUCCUCUCCAUUUCCUCCAGAGAUGAUUGGUGCUUGUCUUCCUUUCAAGCAUCCUUGGUAUAUUUUGUUGUAUGAAUGAAUGAAUGAAUUUUAUUGUUACAGCGCUUAGCCAGCAAUAUAAAACCAUAAAAAUAAAUUACAAUAUGGCCAAACGGUAAAACUUCCAGAAUACACAGCAGGGUAAUAAGAGACACACUGUACAAUCAUUUUGAUCGCUAAAACCAAACUUAAGACUACGCUGCAAUAAAACACAGUAAAAGAGAAUAAAAUAAGAUGAUGGAGGUAACAGUAGAAGUAAGAAUCGAGCAGUCCUAACCCAAGUGACAACCAGAACACUGAUGAGCUUUUACAACCAAGGAGCAAAAUUUCGCAAUCUGAUGGAGCGCUGUAUGUUCAAAGUUUAAAAACAAGUUCUCCGUCUUAUAAUAUUUUGUUGUACAUUAGCCCUGUUGAUUUUUUUUUUUUUGUAUUAUAAAAUGAUGUAUUACGUGGGCUCGCCUGAAGUAGGCCAGGUUAGAAACGAAAAAAAGUCAAUAAACGGCCCGUCAGCACCA